GUGUUGGCGUCCGUGUCAGCCAAUAGGCGACUGUGGGACCGGGCCUGUUCGAGGUCGCAAGCACACGGUUCCCUGGCCUUGCACAGCGGCUCCAUCGCCCUUGCUUUCCUUCUCUUAUACCGUCUCGACUGCGGCGCUGAGCGCGUCCUCUCCUUCUCCCCUUCUGCCAUGGUCCCGUCUACGCUCUUGUCUCUGCUCUCGCUCGCUGUCGCUGCUGUUGCUACGCCCACUUUCGUUCCCCCGCCUCUCCAUGUCCCGCUCACACGCCGAUCGGCACGCCGCAAUGCCCCAAUAGAACGUUUCGCUGCGCACGCCGACUUCAUUCGCCAGAAGUAUGGUUUCCCUACCAAAAACUCGAGCCACACAAGGCGGGCAGGGCAAACCGUUGGGGUCAGCAUCAUCGACCAGGAAGCAGAUUCGUCAUACAUUGGCCAGGUCACCGUUGGCAGCCCGGCCCAAAGUUUCAAGGUUGUCCUAGAUACUGGCUCCUCCGAUUUCUGGGUUGCUGGAACGAACUGUUUCUCAUGCGGCCAAACGCCUCCCUUCGACCCUACCCAAUCCUCAACCAUCAAGGAGAUCACUGAUUCUUUGGGUCAAGGUCAAGAAAUCACAAUAAGCUAUGGCAGUGGCUCAGUACAGGGUACCCUCGCGCAGGACACUGUCUCGAUGGCCGGGUUCACUGUGAACCCCCAACCGUUCCUUGUGGUCGAGGGCAUGACGUCCGGGCUCCUCCAAGGUGAUGUUUCCGGCAUCAUGGGCCUCGCUUUCCAAUCCCUCGCCUCAACACAGGCGACGCCGUUCUGGCAGCAACUCGUGAACAACAACCAGUUCUCGAGUCCCGAGUUCUCGUUCUGGCUCGCGCGCCAUGUGGACGAUGCGAACCCGCCAGAGGAGACGGAUGGAGGAGUAAUGACGCUUGGGGGCCAGAACAGCUCCUUGUUCACCGGCGACGUCGAGUUCAACACACUUGCCAAUUCUAACGACCUCUCAUUCUGGAUGCUUGAGCUCUCAGGUGCGACCGUGCAGGGUAAAUCUGUCUCGCUGCCCACAGGGAGCGCUGCGGCUUCCGCAAUCGACACUGGCACGACCCUCAUUGGCGGUCCAUCCGAUGGCGUCGCCGCUAUAUAUAGCGCAAUCUCCGGCUCACAGCCCCUCAAGGGCCAAAUGGAAGGAUUCUACGCAUUCCCUUGCGACACCAAGCUUGACGUCGCGCUCGCCUUCGGUGGCAAGGCGUGGCCCGUUAGCGAUGCGGAUAUGAACCUCGGCGCGGUCUCAGGGAACAUGUGCUUGGGCGGUAUCUUCGACCUCAAUUUGGGCUCGAAUGUCGGCAGCGGUGGUGGCAACCCCGUGUGGGUCGUCGGUGAUACCUUCCUGAAAAACGUCUACACCGUCUUCCGCGCCGACCCUCCAGCCGUGGGUUUCGCGCAGCUGUCGAACGCGGCAGGUGGUUCGCCCGCUCCGGCCUCCUCGGCCGCUUCUUCUCCUUCGUCUCCAUCUUCUUCCGUAUCUUCCAUCUCCUCUGCUGUCUCGCAACUAACAACGGACACUGUCAACCCGACACUGCUCUCCUCUAUUCUGUCGGACCACGCAACAUCUGUCGUUACAGGAACCCCGACGGCCAUCCCAAGCGCGACAUUCUCGGCUACUGGCGCCCCGUUGCCGUCCGUCUCCGUAUCGGGCCCGAGCGGGACUUCUGCGGGUUCGCCGUCGAGUUCCUCCGGGGCUUCCGGUGCCAACAACGCGGCCGUGGGGCUCUCAGCGAACUCGCAUGUCCUGGCUGGUGUGGCAUUGUCGCUCCUGGCGAGCGCCAUCUCGGGAUCUGUCGCCCUCGCAUGACCAUGGAGGCCGCUUGCAAAGCCUUCGCUCGCAGGGGGUACGUCUCACGGGCGCAUUUAGUAGGAUUGAGCUCCUAAUGUCGCUUACGCAUAACUUGCUAUUUUUUUUUUUUGGUUUGGGGUAUAUUUCGUUGGACAGGAUCGGGAGCGGACCGGAUGUUGCAAUGAUCUCAGGACGUGCUUGAAAGAUGCUAUUAAUGCCUUUGCGACGCGAGCGAGCUUGGGCUUUCCCAAAUUUCUUAUUCUGCCUUAUCCUUCGGCCACGUAUCCACUUCUGCACCCGCAGAUCCUGCAGGCCUUACGGCUGCGCACGCAGGCAUAUGCGGUGCCAUUGUCAUCAGCUCGCGCAUCGGUGUGAGCCACCUCCGUGCCUUCUGGGUGAUAUUUGUAGAGAAGCCUCGUUUUGGCGCACCUUGCUGCGCGAUGGAACUCGUUGGGGCGUGCGGCCACGACCUUCUCCGCGUCUCAACACUAAUUGACACCGAGGAAACACCUCGAUUGAUGUGCUAUUGUGGUCAGCAUCCACCACUGUGCGCAGUCUCCAAUCCCAUGGGGUUGGGAGCGCAAAGGGACGGUGUGGCGGAAGAGUGGUUAUAUCAUGCCGGCGGCAUAGUCUUUGUAUGGAGUCCGCGGUCUGGCAGCGGGUCGGCUCCGAUGGUCAAUGACAUUCUUGCAAUUGUGGAGUGUCAUUGCGAUGCUUAUCCUUGAUGCGACGGGAAUAUGUACUGGCCGCAUGAGACCUUAUGAUGAGCAGGCGACGUUCAGUAUGAUCUCUUUAUAGCCGUUCGUAGCUGGAUAGAAUAGAGCACUUCUGAACCUGUGUACUGAUCGUUGAAGUCCCUUUGUAAUCCUGCGACUAAGCGGUACUUUAUU